CUCUCUUCUCCACUAUGGACAGAGCCACCGCGGAGCGGCUGCCUGUCGGCCACAGACCCGGCUGACAUGGGCACCGUCGGAGCAACGCCGCUGUUCUGGGCCAUCCUUGGCUUCCUCCUACUCCAAGGCCACCACUCCCAGCCCACGACAAUGCAGACAUCUCGCCCUCAGGGAGCCUUCAGCCAUCAAAGUCUAACCACAGAGCCACUUUCUUCCAACAUAGGAGACAGCCCUUCCUCAGAGCCCAGCCGCCCAAGCCCUCUGACCAGCACUGGAAGCCCAGCAGCUCCAGAGAAGGCCUCACAGGUCCUCAUGGUAGCCAGGAAACCUGUGACACCGAGCCCCAGCACUGUGGAUGGUCACUCCCAGUCCCCGCUGGGCCUGACUCAGUCCCAGACACAGAAGUACACAGCAGGACUUGACACUUCUCAAAAUAUUACUCCCAUAUCAACCACCAUGAGCCCGAGGACAAGAGAAGACUCUUCCAUCCUGCCCAGCCCCACAUCAGAGACAGUGCUCACUGUGGCUGCAUUUGGUGUUAUCAGCUUCAUUGUCAUCCUGGUGGUUGUGGUGAUCGUCCUAGUCAGUGUGGUCAGUCUAAGGUUUAAGUGUCGGAAGAACAAAGAGUCUGAAGAUCCCCAGAAACCUGGGAGUCCGGGGCUAUCUGAAAGCUGCUCUACAGCCAAUGGAGAGAAAGACAGCAUCACCCUGAUCUCCAUGAAGAAUAUCAACAUGAAUAACAGCAAAGGAUGCCCCACAGCAGAGAAGGUUCUUUAGAAGCAAUGUUGGGUCCCCAUGGGUCAAACGAUGACGCAGCUGCCCUGUGUCUAUAAAGAGGAAGGCGAUGGAAGUGGUACAGGCAUGAACCACAUAUAAAUUAUUUUAUUAUUUCACACUUACUCCAAGAUCUAAAAGGACACUGGCAUUCCUCCAGAUCUAGGAGCAAGCUGCCAGUAUGAGAGACUCUUUCCCAUAUGGGCAGCCACUCUGGAAACACAGCCUGCUCCUCCCACCUGCUCACCGUCACAGGAAGGGAGAGUCUGGAGAGCAAGAGCAAGGAAAAUGACAAAGUGGAGUGGCCUUUGCUACUUUUCAUUAAAAUUAUUUUCUGGCC